AUGAACCUUGGAAACUCUGACUUGCUGGACGUAUGGCUGGAGCCCCCAGAAGAUGUCUUCUCAGCAGGAUCCUUUCUGGAAUUGGGACUCCACUGUCCCCCUCCAGAGGUCCCAGUGACUAGGCUACAAGAACAAGGCCUGCAAGGCUGGGAGCCCAGUGGGGGCCAUGGCUAUGGUCUUCAAGAGAGUGAGCCUGAAGACUUCCUGAAGCUUUUCAUUGAUCCCAAUGAGGUGUACUGCUCAGAAGCAUCUCCUGGCAGUGACAGUGGCAUUUCUGAGGACCCUGGCCAUCCAGACAGUCCCCCUACCCUCAAGGCCCCCAAUUCUCCUGCCCUCUAUGAGGUUGUCUAUGAGGCAGGAGCCCUGGAGAACAUGCAGGGGGAAGCUGGGCCAGCUGUAGGGUUUAUUUCCAUUCAUCUAGAUCAGUGGAACCCUCCAUUUAUGUUGCCUGAUGCCUGCAUGGUCAGUGAGCUGCCACUUGAUGCCCAUGCCCAUAUCCUGCCCAGAGCAGGCACCAUAGCCCCAGUGCCUCCUGCCACCCUGCUCCCAUGUCAAACCUUGUUCCUAACAGAUGAAGAGAAGCAUCUGUUGGGUCAGGAAGGGGUCUCCCUGCCCUCUCACCUGCCUCUUACCAAGGCAGAGGAGAAAGUCCUCAAGAAGGUCAGAAGGAAAAUCCGUAACAAGCAGUCAGCUCAGGACAGUAGACGGAGGAAGAAAGAGUACAUCGAUGGGCUAGAGAGCAGAGUGGCUACCUGUUCUGCACAGAACCAGGAACUACAGAAGAAAGUGCAGGAGCUGGAGAGACACAAUAUAUCCCUGGUGGCUCAGCUCCGCCACCUGCAGACACUCAUUACUCAAACCUCCAACAAAGCUGCCCAGACUAGCACUUGUGUUCUGAUCCUUCUUUUUUCCCUGGCUCUCAUCAUCCUGCCCAGUUUCAGCCCCUUUCAGAAUCUACCGGAAGUUGGGCCUGAGGAGUACCAGCCUCAUGGAGUAAUUUCCAGAAAUAUCCUCACUCACAAGGACAUGCCAGAAAAUUUGGAGACCCUAUUGGUAGAAUCCAGACUGGGAGGACCACCUGAGAACAAGCGUGCAAAUGGCUCAACAAAGACAUGGCUUGAGAAUAUGGGAGGAAAGACAGAUCCCAGCAGGCUCCUCAAAACUGUGUUGCAUGCAGAUGAGAUGUGA